UGCUAACGUUGAAUAAUUACGAUGUUGAACGCACAUCUUACACUUGCAUGCCAAUAACAAUAGUGACAGUAACAGUCAAGCAACUAACACACAGCGCCGGUUACGUGGUUACGUGCCCGGCACUGCUUUAGCGCUUUUCGUGUUUUAGCGCUUUCCGUGUGUGACCCGAUUUAAUCCUCAUGGGGGGCCUGUCACCCUGUCACUGGCAGGGGCCUCGUUCUCUCCACACCCACUGGCCAGGAGUCCAGAAACCGAUCCAGCCAGUCAGCUUGGAAUGGUCGAACUGGUCCCCGAACCUGGUCAGCCUGGCUCAGGGUCGGUGCCCUGGCCUCUGCACCAUCCUCCUUUCCAAACAGUGUCCCUCCAGCCUUGCGGUGGCAGAAAUAAAAAGUCAGCACGCACCCUGGGAGUGUGGGGGUUUGUGGAAGUGAAGGCGCCUGUGCCACAGCCCUAACUCCGCCGGAUUUUGUGUUAAUGCGCUUAUUUCUAAGCGUCUGAGAACCGAUGGGAGCUCUGUGUGGCCCGGGGAGGACGGCGGUAACGCAGCAGGAACGCAGGUCACGGGGCCUCGGCGGCCCCUCUUCCCCACCGAAGUCCUGGAGCCGCUCCUCUGCCUGACUCUUCCUGGCCUGACCUCCGCCUCCUCCUGAAGGGAGAUUUGCAGCGCCUUGUCCCGAGAGCUCCCUUGCUUCCCCACCGCCCCGUUUAGGCGAGGAGGACGGUGGUGAGGAGGUGCACGGCCCUGACGUUCACAGCCUCCGAGGAGAAGGUCUUGGUGGCAGACAAGUCUGGGGACGUUUACUCCUUUUCGGUGCUCGAGCCCCAUGGAUGCGGCAAGCUUGAACUUGGGCACCUGUCCAUGUUGCUGGAUGUGGCCGUGAGUCCGGACGACCGCUUUGUCCUCACCGCCGACAGGGACGAGAAGAUCCGGGUGAGCUGGGCCGUGGCGCCACACAGCAUCGAGUCCUUCUGCCUGGGGCACACCGAGUUUGUGAGCCGCAUCCUCGUGGUGCCCGACCACCCUGAGUUGCUUCUGUCCUCGUCCGGGGACUGCACCCUGAGGCUCUGGGAAUACAGACACGGCCGAGAGCUGCACUGCUGCCACCUGCCCAGCCUGCAGGAGCCGGCGGAGCCCUGGGGCGACAAGAGGUUUGCUGCAUCCAGGAUCGCUUACUGGGGCCGGGAGGGCUGCGUGGCGCUGCUGUGUGACUGUAUUCCCAUGGUCUACAUCUUCCAGCUCGAUGCCCCCGGACAGCGGCUAGUGUACAAGCAGCAGCUGUCCUUCCAGCACAGAGUGUGGGACAUUGCGUUCGAGGAGACCCAGGGGCUGUGGGUGCUGCAGGGCUGCCGGGAAGCCCCCCUCGUGCUCUGCAGGCCCGAGGAUGGCCAGUGGCAGUCUGUUCCUGAAAAUGCUGCAGUGAAGAAAGUCUGCACUCACCUUCGUGGGAACUGGGCCAUGCUGGAAGGCUCUGCUGGCGCGGACGACGGCUUCGGCGGCCUCUACAAGGCCACCUUCGACAACGUGACCACGUACCUGCAGAAGAAGGAGAGGAGGCUGCAGCAGCAGCAGCAGAAGCGGCACAGGGACCCGGCCCCCGGGCCCAACGGGCAGACCAAGAGGGCGAGGGCCGGGCAGGCGUCCCGCAGCUGCCUGUGAGAAGAAAAGGGGCAUCACUGUCCACUCGCGCUUGGCGGCAGUGGGGCCUGCACCAGCUCAGCGGACCCCUGGGGCUGUCCCAGCACCUGGACGGCGCCCGGGCUCCAGAAGGUCCUGUCGCUGAGCAGGGGCUUUCCUGCCAGCGUUCGGGGCAGCCUCUUGGUGCAGGAAGCUGGCGGGGCGUGAGCUUCAUGGAGACCCCCGUCCUAGGCGAGCCACUCGCUGGGCGUUUUCCUCACGGGAAAUCCCUGAGCCGACACAUCUGUGCCAGCGUGAUAGACGUUUUCAUCUUGUUCCUGUCGUCUCGCCGCAGGGCCGUUGAAACCUACGCAGAAUUAAGUACUUAGCUCCUCCCGCAGCCCGGCCGGCCAUGUGCUCCGUCCCCACGCGAGUGGCCUCACUUUGGAGGCACAGAUGCAGGCGACCCGGUGUGGAGACCUCGGCAGACAGCGCUGGUGAGAGGGACUGUUUCAGGGUGAGGAUGUUGCCAGCCGGAACCUGAGUGGUGCAGGGAAGUGGCUGGGACGUUAUAUUUAUUACCUCAAUUUCAACUUUGGCAUAUGUCGCAAAGAGCAGGGGUGUCAGCUGAGUUCUAAUCACCAAUCAAUAGAAGUGAGCUUUUAGCAGCUUCUGGAAACGUUCAUCAGCACACGUGGAACUAAUUUCAAAAUGCAUUAAGCAGAAGCAUCUCAAUGCGUGUACUGUUCGUGACCGAAAUGUUCCCUUUUUGAUUUGAGGAAAAGAGCUGUUUGGUGUGGGGUUUCAUGGGGUACUUGGAAGCAAGUCGUUUCGUGUAUCAAAAGCCGGAAUACUUAGUUAUUCCUAAGUGCCUUGUUUUAAACAUUGGUCUGAAAGCUGCUGUUUGUGAUGUGCUGGGGGUCGGGCUGGGCAAGUUCAAGAGCCCAGGCAGGUGCUGGGGUGGAAGGCGGUGCCCAGGACGGAGGGGGGGCCGGGUGGGUGUGGUACCCAGGGCAGCCUGCCCGGGCCACGGUCCUGUGGGAGGAACCUAACCUUGUUGGUGCUGGCCCAAGAGAGUGUUCUCAUCAAUAAUCUGCUUUGAAAUUCUUGGUUUUAGGAGAAAUUUAGGUUUGGCCUUGUCAUUGCCUUGGCUUAAGACGGCUCAGCAAACUUUUGUCUCAUAGACCAAAUCCUGUGAAUUAAUGAUUUUUACAGUUUUGAAUGUUUGAAGAAAACCAAAAGAAAAAUAAUACUUCAUGAUAUGUGAAAAUCAUAUGCAAUUCAAAUUCCAGCGUCCAUUAAUCAAAUGUUGGGAGCGCAGCCACGCCUGUUCGUUCAGCUCUGUGGCCCAUGCUACCACGGCAGAGGGCAGCUGGCCGGAGACCGUGGGCCACCGGAGUGUAAGAUACGUGUUAUCUGGCCCUUAAAGAAACGCUCAUUGGCCCCUAUUUAACAUCCCUUUUAAAUUUGUGUGUUUUAAGAAUGAACUGGUUCAUUUGGGAAAAAACCCCAAACCCUGUUCUUCCUGUGAUCACAUCGACCUUUCCCACCAAACGUUCACUGUGUCUCCUGGGUGGGCAGAGCAGGCCUCCUGGUCGUUCCAGCCCAAGCUGAGAGGGAGCCCGGGUGGCGGGUGCGACGGGGUGUCUAAGGUGCAUCCUUUUCACCUGGUCAGGAGGCGCACACACCUGACAGGGCCGCAGCCAGGAGAUCAGAGCAAAGCGUGGAGUCUGGAGGGACCAUGAUCAGGUGACUUGCAUUCUUACCAAGGUCAUACAUGCACAUGACAGAGACCAAGUUAUACUGACCGGCUGACAGUGACAGUCCACUCUGUUCCUUUCUCCAACACCCCCUCACCCAUUCCUUCUCCCCGCCUGGGCAGGUCCGUCUCCAUCUGCCCCCUUAGCUGCAUUUGUUCCCCUUCUGCCCAGGACAAGGGGCUUCCAGAGGAUGUGGCCAGGGGAGCGCAGCAGCACCGGUGGGGUUGGGAAAGGGGGUACACUGCCCCGCCCUCUGCUGCAGUGUCCUUCCUGCCAAGAGCACCCCACAUCACUGCAGCCUCCUGGGGCCCUGGUCCCACCGGUCCCAGGGGCAAAACAGCUCCUCCUUGGUGCUGAAGCCCUGUCCACACCCCUGGGAGCAGUCCUUCCUUUAAAGGCUCUGACAUCUCAGGAGAUGUGAGCUGUAUUCCUGGGGGGACUCUGAUAAACUAGCCCAUACUCACAUGCACCCAGUGCAUCCCCGACACUCCUUUUCCGGUUGGUUUGAACCCAGACCCACAUGUUGUCCUUACAGAGUUUUACAUCCCUCAACUCGUCACCUGGAACAACCGUCCUCACCUCCUUCUGUGACUGACUUGUUGAGAAGGACAGGUCCACUGCCAUCUCCCGAUUCUCAAAGGAGUUUAUUGAUUUGUCACUUUCAUCUGUUGCCUAAUUUUAUUUUUCUCCUGUUUUCCUUUUUUUUGGGGGGGAGGGUUCUAAAUGUUUUACUUUGGGGGAGAUUUCUUGGGCUUUGUUCCAACUCAUUGAUUUUUAAAAAUUUUGGUUAUCGUUAUUUCUUAAUUCUAAGCAUUCUAGUUCUUUUUUCAUUUUGGUUUCCACCUCAGUAUACAGCUGGCAGGUGCACCUGGAGUGCACGAACUGGACACGCGUGUAACUCCCCGCCAGAAGUGGGACAUUUACCCACAGCUGAGCGGUCCCCCAAGCUCCUGCCAGCCAUCCACCCCCCUUCCCAGGUGAAGGCGGCCGACUCAAUGCGUUUGUUUUCCUCUUGUUACUUGUGGCCUCUUUGGCUCAACUCUGGGUGAGACUCGUCUACAUUGUUGCAUUGGUUGCGUUGUAGAUUCAUUGUCACUGCUACAUAGUGUUCCCGCAGGUGGAAACCCAGCCCCCCAUCCAGCCAUUGUUCCAUCCUGUCACCCGGCACUUGAGUCCUUGCCAACUGGCUCCCGGGAACACUCUGGUCCCUGCAUUUGGGGACGUAAUGGGGACGUAAGGAGACAUUUCAGUUGUGUCCUGAGAAGCGGAGUUGUUGGCUCACGGUCAUGUUUAGCUUGGACGAUGCUGCCUGUCCUUGUGAAUGCUAACAUUCCCACACUCAGCAAGUGAAGUUUUGAUCAUGUUUAAUUUUGCAAAGGCACAAACUUGGAGAAGUGGGCUGGUGUGUGGGAGCCGGUGAACCUCCACCUGGCGUCCAGACUUAAACUUGAUCUUGCUUUCGGCAAGGUCACCUUAAAAACAGCGUGGAUCACCCACUCUCGGGGGUGGUAGCCGCAAGGUCACGCGGCCACGCAAGCAGCCUGUGAAGAGGUGGCCUCCUGCCAACAGCUGGCGACUGACGCCUGGCCUGAGCUGUCUUGGGAGAGCUGCUUUCUAACACAAACAGAAUGCUCUACAUUCUUCCCUGCAGCACAUGUACCUCAGCCCUGUAUGUGCUGACGUGUAUUUUUCUUUGUAACUUCCCCUGUGAUUUCUUUGAUCUAUGGGCUAUUUGGAAAUGUGGUGUAAAUUCCAGACAGUUGACUGUUUUUUUUCCUUCAGAUUUCUUGUGUCGCUGGUUUUAAUUCUAUUGUGGUCUCAGAAGAUACGUUGAUUUCAUUCCUUUUAGAUUUGUUGGACUUUGUUUAAUGCUCCACAAAUCCGAUGGUUAUUUCCCUAGAAAAAGGGGUGUGUCCUGAGUGGUUGGCUGGAGGAGUGACUGCAGGGUCAGGUCACAUUGGCGACCCCGCUGGCCACUGUCGGCUCGAACACCUCCGUCUUCCUUCUUUGUGUGCACUUCUGUCACUUACUGAAAACUGUACUUAAAUGUCUACUUGUGGAUUUGUCUCAUUGUCCGUUGUCCUAGUGGUUUGGCCUCAUGGAUUUAACAUUCUGGUAUUAGGUACACACACACUUAAGAAUGUUAUGUCAUCUUGAGGAACGACCCCUCCUCGCCACGCAGGACCCCUUUGUCUCCAGCUCCGUUCUGUUCUGAAGUGUAGGUCACCGGAGUUAAUGUAGCCACUGCAGCCUCCUUUUGAUGAGUGUUAGUAUGGAUCUUUUCUCAUUCUUUCUAAUGUAUGUGUGCAUUUAUAUUUAAAGUGGGUUUUCUUUUGCAGAUAGUAUGCUUUUUUUAUCCCCAAAGUAUUGAAUUUCAAUGGAAAUACAACCUGAGCCACGUGUGUAAUUGAGAGUGUCCCAGUAGUCACUUUGAAAAGUUUUUAAAAAGCAGGUGAAAUUAAUUUUGAGAAUACAAUUCAUUUACUCCAAUACAGCAAAAACAGGGUGUCCACAUGUAACGGCUAUGAAAUUAUUCAUGAACUGUUUUACACUCUGUUUUUAAGCCUAAUUGUUCUCAGAUUUGUCUCAUAUGUCCAGUUCCCUCUUUUCAGACACUGCCCCCAAUUCGAGUGGCCUUGGUGUCUGAAUCCCAGUGUCCGUCUCAUGGCGGGGGCGGUCAGGCUCCGUUGGGGCUUGUCUUCCCUGAGCUGUACCCAGAGUCCCUUCCAGGCACAGGCCUUUGAGGGUGUCUGUCUUUCUCAGGGGUCACAGCCCUGCGCUGCCAGCUUCCCAGUUGGUUUGGGCGGGAGGGGGGCUCCGGAUCAUCGCCUCCCGUGGUCGGAAGCACAGGCCCUUGCAGUUUGAAUUUAUGUUUACCUUGUGAUAAGUGAGCGAGGGCACCUCUUUGAACUGUCGAGUCUCCUCUGUUUUUUGGGGGGAGAGAGGCUGAUUUGAAGGUGAUCUUCCUGGCCCUUCAUCUGUUAUGUGAAUUGCAAAUUUUCUGUUUGACUCUUGGUGGUUUAUAUGUUUAAUACAGACUUUUCCAUAGUCAAAGGUAUCCGUCUUUUUAUUGAUGACUUCUAGGUAUCAUAUUAUAUUCAGAAAGGUUUUUCUCCACUCGCCCCACUUUGCAAUGGUCUUUUUACCAAGGGGAGACAGAAGUGGGACUCAGGACAGAAACAGGCAUCCCUGACAUCGGGCUGCGACAGGCUGACCGGAAGCAAUCGUGAGGGAAGGUAGUGCUUUUCGCGUCAAAAGCCAG